CCAGCGUGCCCCGCGGCGGGCCAACAUGGCGGCUCCCAUGGCCGCAGCCGCCGCCCGGGCCGCGCUCUGGGCCGCCGGUGCCGCCGCGGCGGGGCCGCUCCGGCUGCGAGCAGCUCGCCUACCGGGGAGCAGGACGCUGGUGAUUCCCAGCCGCUGGAGCGGGAGCAGCUCGGCUCUGGGCAGCCUCCUGGGCAUCCCCGCCGAGGCCCCGCCUGCCGCUCCGGGCCAGCACCCGCCGCCCGUGGCCACCGACAGAGAGGAGCAGAGGCGCCUGUUGCAGAAUCGGCCCGACCAGCCCCGGAGCCCCAGGGUGCUGAGAGUCGCCGUCAUCGGCGCUCCCAACGCCGGCAAAUCCACGCUCUCCAACCAGCUCCUGGGCAGGAAGGUUUUCCCAGUCUCCAAGAAGGUCCACACCACCCGCUGCAAGGCCCGGGGUGUCAUCACGCACCAGGACACGCAGCUGAUCAUUCUGGACACACCUGGCCUCACUAAUCCCUUAAAAGCCAAAAGGCAUAAUUUAGAUGAAGCCAUGCUGACAGACCCGUGGGACAGCAUGAAACAUGCAGAUUUAGUCCUGGUUCUGGUGGACGUGUCGGAUCACUGGACACGGAACUCUCUGAGCAAGGAGGUGCUCAAGUGCCUGUCUCAGUUCCCCCAUAUCCCCAGUAUCCUGGUCCUCAAUAAGGUGGAUUUACUAAAGAAGAAGUUUCUCCUGCUGGAAAUAGCAACUGACCUGACAGAGGGAAUUGUAAAUGGAAAGAAAGUGGAAGUGAAAUCUGCACUUAAACAGGAUUCCAGUUCUUCAGCAAAGUCUCCUCUUCAUGAAAGCAAGGUCCCAGGGUCUCACUUUGGGCAGGAAAGGAAUCAGGCCCAGGAAGGCUCUGGUUUGGACAGGAGCAGUGAUGUUGGGGUUGCUGGCACAGGGGAAGCCCAAGGGCCAAAGCACCAUGGAUCUGAGGAUCUAAAAGAUAAAAAAGGCUGGCCACACUUCCAGGAGAUCUUCAUGCUGGCAGCUCUCCGUGGGGAGGAAGUGGAUACACUCAAGAGGUACCUCCUGAUGCAAGCCAAGCCAGGCCCUUGGGAAUUCCACAGCGACGUCCUGACCAACCAGUCACCUCAAGAGAUCUGUGAUAAUAUCAUCAGGGAGAAGAUCCUGGAGUACUUGCCCCUGGAGGUGCCUUAUGGAGUGACUCAGGUGACAGAGAUAUGGGAGGAAGGAGAGUGUGGGGAGCUCCUCAUCGUGCAGAGCCUCCUGGUGCCGAGGGAAUCCCAUAAAAGGAUGUUGAUUGGAAGAGGAGGAAAGGUCAUCAGCAGGAUUGCUCAGGAGGCUGGCCAGGACCUGAUGAACGCUUUCCUGUGUGACGUCCGACUGAAGCUCAAGGUGGAGGUGAAGAGUUGAGCACUUGGUGUGUUUUAACACCCUUGAACUCUCUGAUCAUGUGGAGAAAUCAGUCCUGGGGGUGUCUUGGCACCUUUGUUCGAUUCAGAGAGGAUGAUGGAAUCGCUACAGCAGGCUGAAGUGGAAUAUAUAAUUCUUUGAGGGAAUGGCCUAAACUGAAAUAAAAUCUCCAGACCUUCUUUGUCAUCUGAACUGGGGACAGACCCUGAAGAAUCAGCUGCACCCAUGAUUCUGGUAGUGCAUUUCCAGAGCUGCCACCCCCUUCUUUUGGGCUGUGUCUCAUUUCCUUGCUCUCAGGUGUUUGUACAUGGAAUUUCAGGAGCAUCUCCUGCCUUGUAGCAAGCAAAGGGUCACAGUGAAGGAUUAUUAUGAAGCACAUGUGUGUAAUCUCUUCUGAAGGCUGAGUCAUGGUCACACAGGAGGACGAGGCCACCCCAGCCCACCUGAUGGACUCAUGUUGACUUUUCUCCCUGAAUGCUGCUGUCCAAUUUUUGUAUUUCCCUUGCAAUAAAAUGGGGUCCGAGAGCAA